GUUUACCAAUUGCUUUGAACCUCAGUACUGGUGAAAAAGAUGGCGGCGUCCUACGGUGAUACGUGUAACGAGAAGAUGCUAUAGAUAAUUAUUACUUUAUAAAGAUAAAUAAUACUUAGCAAAAUGUUUAAAGAAACUGCACAACUUUUUAAAGCCGCAGCUCCUUUGCUUGCGAAAACGACGCUUUUGAAAGAGGUAAGAAUCAUCUCGACACAUGGGGGGAGCAGUGUCCACGGGCAUCGAUAUUUCAAUGUCACCUGCAGUUUAUGUGCGAAGGUAACGCCGAGAAAAAAGCCGCGAGUCAAGGUGGACAUACCCGGACUCGAGCGCAUUACCUAUGGCGAUAGAAUGCACUAUGUCCCUGGUUUGGCAAAGCCCUCUUUCCCUACCUGGGUGCGAGACUGGAACGACCCCUCUCAUUAUUAUGCGCCGAAAGAGGAAGAAAUGCCACUCCAUAAAGAGAAGUCUUGCUUCAUAUUUAACCAAAGGACAAACGCACUUGAAGGUGUCAGGCAAGCACUGUGGCUCACUAAAUCCAAGCUGACACAGGGACUUCCGGACCAGGUUCUGUCAUUGGCUGAGAACGAAGCCAAUCAGAUUGAAAACCAGGAUGAGCGAGUUCAGAAUGCCAUCAGGCAUGCUCGCUUCUGGGACACCACAGAGGAACGACCGUCCAGAGACAAUUUCUGCGUGGCUUUGCUGAGGAACCUGAUCCACCUGUGUGGGAGCCUGCAGGUCAGUCAUCCUGUGCUUGGCAGGAGGAUCCUGGCGGAGAAAUACAGUCUGGCUGCCACAUGGAGCAGAGGUGAAGACUUGUUCCAGGUGCGAGGGCAAAAUGGGUUGCUGCUCAACAGCAUGGCCCCUCUCCCAGUGCUUGCUGGGAAAGAGGAGGUCCAGAGCACGGCCGACCAUGUCCUGGAGACGUUCUACCCGAUCUCUCCCACCAUCGACCUGCAGAGUGUCCAGCUCUACAAGGAGCAGAACCAUACAGGCAAUACUACUGUUUGUCAAUCAACCAACCCUAAAAUGAGCAGACCCCAGGAUGAGGAGGAGGAGGUGUUCAGGAACCUUACAGAGGUAAAGAAGAGCCAGAUAGUGAUGCCCUGCCAUGCCAACCACCGGCAGGAGCUCAGUGUGGGUCAGCUGCUCAAAUGGAUGGACUCUACAGCCUGUCUUUCAGCUGAAAGGCAUGCUGGGUGUCCUUGUGUCACAGCCUCGGUCGAUGACAUCCACUUUGAACACACUAUUGGGGUUGGACAGGUGGUCAACAUCAAGGCCAAAGUCAACCGAGCUUUCAACACCAGCAUGGAGGUUGGCAUCGUGGUGAACUGUGAGGACCUGUUCAGCGAUAGCCACUGGAGGGUGUGUCAGGCAUUUGCCACGUUUGUCACCCAGCGCACUACGGGAGGAAAGGUGCAGCUGCGUCCAUUGGUCCCACGUACCCAGACGGAGCAGGUGGAGCACAGCCUAGCAGCUGAGAGGAGGAGGAUGAGGCUGGUCCACGCUGACAUCAUGAAGGACCUGCUCACCAACAGGGCCUUUCAACAAGUGGAGGUCCAGGAGACUGAGAAGGCGGUGCCAGCAGAGAGGACGCAGGUAGAGAGUGUAGAGUUGGUUCUCCCUCCUCAUGCCAACCACCAGGUCAACACGUUCGGAGGACAGAUCAUGGCCUGGAUGGAGAACGUGGCUACUAUCGCUGCUAGUCGUCUGUGUAACGCCCACCCCACCCUGCGGAGCAUUGACAUGUUCCAUUUCAGGGGUCCCUCACACGUGGGCGACCGGCUGGUCCUCAAAGCCAUCGUAAACAAUGCAUUCAAGAACAGCAUGGAGGUGGGUGUGUGUGCAGAGGCUUAUCAGGGGGAGGAGCCUCUGAGGCACAUCAACAGCGCCUUCAUGACCUUUGAGGUCUGCGACAGGGAUGGCAAGCCCUGCACGUUGCCAAAAAUACAACCUGAACCCCUGGAGGGAAGGAGACGGUAUCAGGAGGCCAUUGCUAGAAAGAAAAUACGACUUGACAGGAAGUACAUAAUAUCCUGCAAGCAGACUGAGGUGCCCUUAUCUGUACCGUGGGACCUCAGCAACCAGGUGUACCUGAGCUACAACAACGUGUCUGCUUUGAAGAUGCUGGCUGCCAGAAACAACUGGGUGUUAAACUCUGAGAAAAACAAGGUGAGCCUGUACACCCUGGAGCAGAAGCAGGUGUUGAGUUUUAAGAUUGAGUUUGAGGCAGACGUCCCGGCUGAGAGGGCCUUCAUGGUGCUCUCUGACCUCAGCAAGAGAGUGGAGUGGGAUCCAAACUACAAGAGGUGUGAGCUGAUUCGUAGGGUGGACGAUGAUGACUUUCUGUACCGCGUGGUGACUCCCUCCAUAUGCCGGGGUGGGGUCAGUAGCAGCUCUUCAGCCAAUCAGGGAGGGAUGGUCCAGGACUUCAUUCUCCUGGCCUCCAGGAGACCGCCGUGUGACAGCGGGGACCCUUAUGUUAUUGCUCUGCGUUCGGUCACUCUACCCACACACCCUCCUACAGAGGGCUACAACAGAGGGGAGGUGCUGUGUGCCGGCUUCAGCAUCAUGGAGGUCUCCAACACUGUAUCCAAGAUCUCCUACUUCAACCAGGCGUCUCCCGAGGUCUUGCCCUACAUCUCCACAGACAUCGCCGGGCUCUCCUCCAGCUUCUACGGCACCUUCUGCACCUGUAGUACCUUCCUCCAGGACAACAGGGACAACCCUACCCCUAAAGACCAACCACCCUCCACACUGAAUAGUACACUACUGUAACCCCCUAUCCUCACCACACCUGACCACCUCACCCUCGAUGAGUAUUGUGCUGAUGGAUUUAACAGACUGCCAUUAGAUGCUGUGAUGAAGUUCAAGACUUCUUUUAUUAGAGUGAAUAAUGUAAGGAGCCUGUUCAUAAAUCGGUUUGUGCUGUCUUGCCAACUCCUAUGGCCGUUGACAAUGACCUUAAAAUAUAUCUGGGACCAGGCUAAUGAAAGAGGAGCAUCUACAGCAAACAUUUUUGGGGGCACUGAUGGUUUUUAACAAUGUUUUGCAUCUCCAAUUAUAACAUGUGAAAAUGAUAUGAGACAGAAAUGUAAAUUGUAUUUGAAGUUUUCCAGAGAAUGAAUAGUAACGAGCUGUUUGUUUUACUGAGUAGAGCUCUGUAUUGUUUUAUAGAGGGUCAGAAUACAGAAAGUAACACUGCAUUUGAUGUCAGAUAUGUUUCAUGAUGUUUUUUAUGACGAGGCAUUCAAAUGUUUCAGCCAAGUUACACAUAAGAUAAGAAUAUCAUAUCUUAAACUACAGGCAUUAAAGUUUUUUAUAUAUAUAUAUAUUUAUAUAAAACAAUUGAAAUUACAAAGAUGAUUGUACAAAAUUAUUGCUAACAAUUUUACAAUAAAUAUAUUACAAUUAAAUUGAA